AUGUCCCCUCCGCCUCUCUCCUCCUCUCCUUCUUCUUCUUCUUCUUCGGACUUUGACGAUGAUGGUACGAUUGCGAGCGCAUUUUUCGUGCAAAAGAAAAACACAUCCGUGCCGUUACGGAUGAUGCUUUUCACGAACGGAGAUGGAGAAGAAGACAAAGAAGACAAAGAACGGCAUCGUCAGCAGCAGCAGCAAGAGGAGCAAAAGAGAUUCGUCGAAAUCGCGUGUAAAGGAAACUUUUGUUUUCCAGAGGAGAAGGGCAUUGGUUCUUCUUCUUCGUCGUCGUCGUCGUCUGAGUAUUACACGUUCGGUUUGACCGACCAAGACGGGAAGAGGUACUUUGGGUUCGUGUUGCGAUAUCGUAGACGGAAGAAGGAGAAGAAGACAUCAGAAGAAGAAAACAACAAAAAAGCGGGGUCAGAGGGAGGAGACGUAGGAGAAAAGGAGGUAGCGAUGUGCGUGCUGAGCUCGAGACGGUUUUACGGUUUGUUCGAAGAGAUAUUGCGAGCGGCGUUGCCGAGCGCGAAGGCGUUGUGGGAUGAUGAUGAUGAGGAGGAGUUAGACGCGGAGAGUUUCGCGCUCGAGUCUUCGGAGUUAGGUGCGUUUCUUCGAGCGACGCUGGGUGCGUCUGUUUCGAACGGGAAGCACUCAGAAGGAGGAAGAGGGGAAGAAGAGGACGUGCUCGUGGUGCCGUCGCCGAACGCGGAGCCGAGUUUGCGAUUGCGCGUGCCGAGGAAGGAGGAGCAGGAAGAUUUGGCCUGUUUCGAUGCGUUUCUGUACGGAAGUAGCGAUGACGACGAGGAAUAUAUGGACGAUGAAAAGUAUGGCAAAAAUAGGAUAAAAAUCGACAGCGACAAAGACAACAACAUCAACGCCGUGGGUACAUCCAACGCCGCCGAAAAAGAAGAAGAAGAAGCGCGCUUAAACGAUAAGAAAUACGGCAAGCGGAACGUCGUACCUUCCGAUGCUAUCGUGGCGCUAUUCGUGGCGUUAUUGUUUGAAAGACGCAUUGUUUUGACGUCAAAGUCGUUAUCAAAACUGUCUCGCGCGACACACGCGGCAAACAGAAUGGUCUUUCCGUUAAAAUGGCAACACGUGUUUCUUCCGUUGGUACCGGCGGGAUUGAUGGAUUAUCUCACCGCGCCGAUGCCUUUUGUGGUUGGUUUACCGCUGCAACUCAUGAGCGCGUAUGAAAAAGUCCCGAAAGAGGAAGUGUUCCUGUUGAAUUUAGACGACGGGUCGUACACGUACUUUGAGGAGGAUUUCGAGCUCGUGCCGAAACGCAUAGCGAAUAAGUUGCAAAAGACUUUAGAGAGCGAGAGAGAGUUAGGAAGACGGGAGCACCGUCGUCGUCGGCGGCGACAUCUUCAGAAUCUUCCGCUACUGGAAGAACCACAACCCAUGGUGACGUUAUCCGCAGCAACAUCAUCAGCAACAACGACGACGACAAUGGAAGAGGUUAUAUCGAAAGCGUUUCGAACCUUUCUGUCCAGCGCGAUUGGAUCUUACCCUCGAUUCGUGAAAUCCGUAGCUUUAGAAAGACCACCCCCGGAAGCGAUAUCGAACGAUGGUUUGUGGCUCGACCAAGACGCGUUCGUAGAAGGCGCGCCAAACCAUCGAACGCGUUUGUUUCGUGUCUCUCUCAGACACACGCAAAUGUACGAAGUAUUCGUCCGAGAUCGUCUCCGCGCGUGCGCCAUCGCGGCGAGAAGCGGGAAAGCGCAAUUCGGUUCAGACGUGAAAGAUGAAGAUUUGGACGAGGAAAGCGCAUUAGCCGCGUUUGGUUCUGAGUUUCAAAAGGAAGCAAAACACGUGUACCGCGAGACACAACGCAUAGCGAAAAUAUCCGCCAUAGAAACGCAACGCAUAGCGAAAAUAUCUGCCAUAGAAACGCAACGCAUAGCGAAAAUAUCUGCCAUAGGCAUGAGAAAAGGAGCCAAGUUAGUCAAGGAAAAAUUUUCCACCAGCCUAGAUGCGUUCAAAGAGAGAAGACAACGCAUGAAGAAUUUGAGUUCAGAAUCGUUAGAAGUAGCAAAUACAGCAGAAGGAGGAGAUUUAGAGUGGAAGCGCAUAGAUAAGACGACGACGAUGUCGUCAAUACCAUCAUCAACAACGACAUCAACGACAGGAGCGCUGGCAUCUUCUUCGGAAGACGAUGAAGACGAAUCCGACGACGACGAUGCGACCACUACCUCAGCAAAGAACCGAGCGAAUGAGAUCAAGCGUGCAUCCGAGCGUGCGGCAAAGAGACAACAAAACAACAACGACGCCAUUAUGGACGAAACGACGAACAAUCUCAUCGAUUUCUUCGACGACAUCGUUCUCGGCGCGUCCUCUCCCACAUCGGCGCCGACACCGUCGAACCCCGCGCCUCCAGCCAUCUCUCUCCUCGACUUGUAA